AUGCGCAUCUUCAUACGAAGUUAUUCGUCAAUUAGGUGCGUUAAAGGGUUAAUAUAAGUAAUGUGCUCGUUUUAUAAAAACUUAACUUUAAAAGUCAAGCAUCAUAUUAAGUGUAACAUAAAAAUAUUUUAGAGACCCAUACACAAUACUCGGAGUAAAACGCGAUUCUACAGUCGAUGAAGUCAAGGAAGCGUACUACACUUUGUCCAAGAAGUACCAUCCAGAUAGUGUAACAGCAGAUGCUGCCAAGUUUUUGGCAAUUAAAUCAGCAUAUGAAAAGCUGAAGGAUAACAAAGUAGAAAAUGGAGUUCAGAAGCUUCAUACGUUUACCAUGGAGGAUCUACGUAAGGUAAGAUCGUGAUAUUUAUGUAGUAAGUGCUAUUUAACCUCUAAAAUGGAUGAAUAUGCAGUAAAUAGUUAUAAGAACGGUUACUGCAUAAUAUGUGUAUAUGUAUGUUAUUAUAAGCUUAUAAUUAAUAAAGUUUUUGUAGGUAAACGAAAGGUUUGACAACUAUAACCGUGACCGAGUACGUGAUUACUCUGAGGACAUGGAAAAUUUUAAAAAGUCAUAUAGGGGAGACCCAGAGGUCGGCACCAAACAGUCGUUAUGGAAGUAAGUUUUACAGAACUGACGUUUGAUAGUUUAAAAUUAAACAACUUUUAUCAUAUAUUACAUAUUAUGAAGUUUUAAAUAUUUUAUUUUGCGAAUAUUUCGUAGACAUAUCACUACUAUAUUCUGCAUAUUGAUGUAAAACGGUUUUAGGAAAACACUAGAGUCUUUAGCCUCUGCCCAUAUUGUUUUAAAAGUGCUUUGGUGUGCGAUAUUGGGUGGUACGCUUGGCGCAACGACUUUCUUCAGGAUACAGUAGGUUAACAGUUGUAUUAUGUAAUUACAGAUUUUGUUUAGAUGGUCAAAAAUGGAAGAGUACAAAAGGAAGAACCCACACCUGAUAUACGAGUAG